AUGACGUCGCCGCCACGCGACACGACCAGGGGUUUAGUGCGAGUGUCAGCGACAGACCCGACAACGACAGCAGAGAAAGUGAUUUCCAUUCUCAAAGACGACGGAGCCGUCGUUAUCAGGCACUUGAUCCCCUCAGCGGCUGCACACCAGAUCCACUUGGACCUCAAACCACACUUUACCAGCGAUGCUGGGGAUCAAUCCGGCUUCUUUCCAAGCACGACACGACGGGCCACUGGACUGCUGUCAAUCUCGCCGGGCUGUGUGGACCUGGCUUUACAUCCGCUGUUCAAUGCAGUGGCGGAGCAUUUUCUCACCGAUACAUUCACGUAUUUUGUGGGCCAGACUAAGCAUACGUCGGUAUCCAAGCCCCAGAUUUCCAGCACGGUAGCGUUCCAAGUCAACCCCGGCGGUAAGCAGCAAGGUCUGCAUCGUGAUGAAAUCGAUUAUCAUAUUCGCCAUGGCCUCGAUCGGCCCAUGCUAAUCGGGUGUGUCACGGCUGUGACCAAGACGACCAAGGAGAACGGCGCCACUAUUGUGAUUCCAGGAAGUCAUCGCUGGGAUGAUGAGAGAGUGCCUCUGGACGAGGAGGCCGUGCCUGCCGAGCUUGAGCCAGGUGAUGCCUGUCUAUUCCUCGGCGGUACGUACCAUGCCGGCGGUGGCAAUGUGACUACGGACCAAGCCCGUGAGACAGUGGGGAUAUUCCUCUGCAAAGGCAUGUACCGGCAAGUGGAGAACCAGUAUUUCAUGGUUCCCCCAGAAAAGGCGAAAGAAUUGCCAGUCAAAGCUCAACGAUUGUUGGGAUACGGCAUGUCUCCGCCAUUCUGUGGGUUUGUCCAGUAUAAAGACCCCAUGCAGCUGUUCUUUGGAGUGGUGGAUGAGGAGACAGUGGUGCUGUAAUGGAGGAGGAAU